UUCUACUUCUAGUGAGAACUGAGAACUGAGAAGAAAUUAUUGGAAUAGCAAGCUACAUUACACAAAUUGUAAUUUUUAAUUGAUUUUAACUUUGAGCCGAAUUUGUUUGUUCUGCUCUUUGAUUUUCUAGUAACCAUUAAACCUGUAUUGUGUAGUUCCGAACAGUUCUAGAACUUGCAAAUGCAUUCAAAAUUAUGGUUUUAAAAGCUUGUUGCUAGGACGCAUUUUCAUAUAACAAUGGAGGCUUCCAAUAAUACUGACGCUGUUAAUCUUGGAAUAGGAGAAGUGGAAGCUGAAAUUGGCGAAGAAUUAAAACAACUUGAGGAUGUUUUGAGAGAUACAUAUGAUACACGCAGCGAAGUAUCUAGUUCAUCUUCGAGUGAUUCUAGCACCCCAAGUAUUAGUUCAGUAAGCACAAAAUCUAAGGAACGGCGGCAUCGUAAACGGGCUAAGUCUGACAGUAACUCUCCCCAAGAAACAAAGCGACGUCGCAUAUCCAGCGGUACAAAAGUCAAAACGUAUGACUAUAUGACAAAAUUAAACUAUUUGUUUAGGGAUACACGUUUUUUCCUCAUUAAAUCAAACAAUGCUGAAAACAUAACAUUGUCAAAAGCAAAAGGUGUUUGGUCAACACUACCCCAAAACGAAGCAAACUUGAACCAAGCAUACAGAGAAUCAAGAAAUGUGCUUUUAAUAUUUUCUGUAAAGGAAAGUGGUAAAUUUGCUGGUUUCGCUCGUCUAGGUAGUGAAUCUCGUAGAGAUGUACCUCCAAUAUCAUGGGUCUUGCCUCCUGGCCUAUCUGCUAAAGUAUUAGAUGGUGUAUUCAAAGUUGACUGGAUUUGUAGGAAAGAAUUGCCUUUCAGUAGCACACUCCAUUUGUAUAAUCCAUGGAAUGAGGGUAAACCAGUUAAAAUAGGCAGAGAUGGACAAGAGAUAGAGCCGAAAGUUGCAGAGGAGUUGUGUAGAUUGUUUCCUGAAGAUGAUGGAAUUGAAAUGACUUCUAUACUGAGAAAAUCUAAGGAGGCAUCAAAAAAAGGUUAUUUAAAAAGUGGUAGUUACAGAACAUACAGAGCACCCUUAUCUUCUCGAGGUACAUCAUAUAGAAACCGUAUGAGUUCAUCACGGAGCCGACGCAAAAUCUUUACCUCCCCAAGAAAUCGUUUAGGAUCUUCAUACAAAAGAAGGUCGCCAUCACCUUUUAUGAGGGAGAGAUUGCCAUCGUGGUUUGUCCGAAGUCGUGAAGGAUACGGUAGCAGUGGAUCUGCAGCAGCAGAGGCCUAUGUUGCAGAAUAUAUGAGGUCAAUGCACCAUCAGCUGCCUCCCUUGCCAUAUGUAGCUCCUCCAGGAUUUAGUGGAGCUCUUCCUAGUUACAAUGGAUUGCCUCCUCCACCACCACCUCCACCACGUUACUAUGACUUGGCUGAUUAUCCUCGUUCAGUGCUUGUAUAUGAUAAGAGAUCUUAUGAAAGGUCUGUUGAUGAGUUUUUGUGGCGCACUUCGGAUCGUUCCAGAGGCAGAAGCCGUGACCGUGAUUCACAUAGGUAUAGGGAUCGCAGAUAGAGUUAUGAUAACCACCGAUGUAUGUUUAAUUGAGUUUAAUAAAUAAUUGUGUUUGAA